AUGGAGGAACGUAAGCUUGAUAAAUUUAUUUUCACUUGGAUUAUUGAAAACGCAAGCAUGUGUCAUCAUUCUAAUAGAGAAAUACUGAAGAGUCGCAGUUUUACUUUACCUUCUUUACCCAGUAUGACAUGGCGUAUAUAUCUACAUCCGCGUAGAAAAACGGAUACAAAUUAUGUAGCAAUUUACCUCAUGAGAACUGAUGAUUUUCUAGAAACUUCCAGAGUAAAAUUUGAUUUUCAGUUCUUGGAUUCCGAUGGAAAGUUGAUUUACAGUAGUGAAGAAGAUGUAAGUGAAUUUACACACGAUACUGGUUGGGGAUACGCUAAAGCUUUUAAAACGAAGACUCUUUUCCGUUCCCUCAUAAAUGAUAUUCUCAUUAUUAAAUGUAACGUGGAGGCAGUACUUAAGGCAAACAAGGAAGAGACACUUCUUUCACUUCCGUACAGAAAUGCAUCUUUCACGGACGUCGUAUGUACUGGUGGUGCUGUUUACAAAGUGCAUAAAGCUAUUUUAUCGGUGAGGUGGCCCAAAUUGGUAGAAAAAUUGGACGCUCAAGAUGCGUCCCAACUAGUCAUGAGUAUUACGCCAGACGUUCUAGAGGCCAUGAUCGAGUAUGUUUAUACGGGAAAACUGGAUUGCAGUAAACCCGAGAUGUUAGUCAAAUUGUAUGAUGCUGCAGCAAAACACGAACUGAGUUUACAAUGCAUGCCUGUAGUAGUACAGAAAGUGCGAACCCGCUUGAAUGUACAGCAAAUAUCGUUUGAGUGGCCGAUCGAAAAUUUCUCCCGCCUACCUGUUGAGACAGUAUUAUACAGUCAAGUAUUUUCUGUUCGUAUGAAUGAAGAUGCUCCCUAUAGAUGGACUUUGAUCUUUCAUAAACGUGAUGUGGGUUUUGAUAUUUCCAUUUGCAAGAUACACGAUGAAAGAGUAAUUCCAUUUUUCCUGAAAAGCAAAAUAUCGUUGUGUGGAUCUCAUUCUCAAGAAAAUGAGCAUAGGUUGAAAAACAUUAAUACUUGGAAAUGUGCGGAAUUUUUCGAAGAUAUUUCCACAGAUCAGAGUGGUGAUAAAUUAUUACUUAAUUGCCAGUUUACGUUUUCUUAUUGCCAUUAUAUUAAUGAAAUGAUGGAAUUCUCAUGCGCGUUUACAUCAUCUAUUCAUUGCCAUGAUUUUAGUAUAAAUAUUCAAAAUCUUUUCGAAACUGGAGCAUUCUCAGAUGUUGACAUAAAAGUUGGUUCGAAAACGUUUUCUGCUCACAAAUUUAUUCUCUGUGCUCGAUCACCUGUGUUUUCUAAAAUGUUCGAAACCGAAAUGAUCGAAUCGAAAGAGAACAUUGUUGAUAUUUCAGAUGCUGAUCCUGAUACAAUCGACGAAUUUUUAUUUUUUCUAUAUUGCGGACACUUGAGAAAGCCUUUGGAAGAAACUUCGAAAAAAUUAUACGCUGUAGCUGAUAAAUACGAUGUUCCUGCGCUUAGGAAAAGGUGCUCGUCUUUCUUCAAGUCGAAUCUUGAUUGCAAAAAUAUAAGCGAAAUGCUUCGAUUAGCUGAUUUGUAUUUGGAUGAUGAUUUGUACGAGAUGAAUUUUGAAGAUGAGCUUGCCGUCGAGAUUUACUCCAUGAUAGGUAUAGUUGCUAGACCAUUCUAUUGGUUCGUCAAAGAGGAUGAGUACAUCAAAGGUUCUAGUAGAAAAAUGCACUUGACGCAAUGCCCGAACUUUCUUACAAAAAUGGAUUAUUCUCUAACAUCGUGUUGCGUACUCAUGAUGCUGUUUUCAAAGUACAAAGCUAUUUUAUGGGCGAGAUGGCCGAAGUUGAUAAAAGAACUUAAUAGAAAAACGACUCAGGAGAUAAAUUUUGAUAUCCCAUCUAAUGUACUUGAGUGCAUGAUCAAAUACGUUUACGCUGGAGAAGCAGAACUCGUCGGAUAUGAAUUGUUUGAAGAAUUAUCCACUGCUGCCGUGAGAUAUGGACUUCCUAACUUGAGUUCUAUUCCAAAUGUUUCAAAGAAAUGUAGAACUCGCAUUAACGUAAUGCAAAUAUCAUUUGAAUGGCCAGUACAUAAUUUCUCUAAUCUGUCUGUUAAUACAAUACUGUACAAUGUAUUUAUUGUCGAAAUCCUGAAACCCUGCAGAUGGUGUUUACAACUGCAUAUCCGUGAAAACGACAAAAAGGAUAGAAUCUUCGAAAUUUGCAUUGUCCGACCAAACGAUUUUGAAGCCAAGCCGAUUUUCGUUAAAAGCAAGAUAUCUUUCGAUGUAACUAAUUGCUUUGAAAAUGAUCACUUGUUCGAAAAAGAUAAAAAAUGGAAAUGCGCGGAAUUUUCGCCAACCAUUUCCAAAGGUUCACAGGAUGUAUUGCUUCUUAAAUGUGAAUUUAAGUUUUCAGAUUGUAGUCAUUCGUCUGAGACUCUAGAAACUUCUUGUGGCGUUUUAUCUUCUAUAAAGUGCAAUUAUUUCAGCAACAGUCUUCUAAAGUUGUACAAAAGUGGAAACUUUUCUGAUGUUACUUUAGUAGUCGCUUCCAAAACUUUAUCCGCGCACAAGUUUAUUCUGUGUGCCCGAUCUUCAGUGUUUUCCAGAAUGUUCGGAGAUGAAAAUACCAAUUCAGAAAACAGUAAAAUUGAGAUUACAGAUGUCGAUCCCGAUGCUAUGGAUGAAAUGCUUGAAUAUAUGUACUCUGGUCGCUUGGAAAAACCUUUGGAUGAAAGAGCAAUAUAUCUGUAUGCGGCAGCAUUUAAGUACAAUGUUUUUGCUUUCAAAGAAGAGUGCUCGGCUUUUCUGAAAUCAAGUCUUUCUGCUAAGAAUGUCUGUAAAGUUUUCCAAUUAGCCCAUAGUCAUUCUGACGAUGACUUGUACAAGAGUACUUUAAAAUAUUUUUCUGAACAUGCGAAGGACAUUUUCUCAACCGAUGAAUGGAAAAACAUUACUAAAGAAAACUUGUAUGCAAGAGGUUUGGAAAAUUUGAUUGCCAGUAAAAUUAUUUCAAAAGAGGCGAAGAGUACAAACCCGCUGCAUGUAAUGGAGGAACAGACAGAUGAUAAGUUUACUUUCACAUGGAUUAUUGAAAAUUUCAGCAUGUGCCAUCUACCAAAAGGACAGUUUUUCGACAGCCCAAGUUUUGUCAUUCAUUCUAUACCCAGCAUAAAAUGGUGUAUAGAACUAUACCCGAACGGAUAUCUAAAUGAAAAUUACCUAGCGGUUUACUUGAGAAGAGAUGAUGACUCCAUAGGAGUGUGCAAUAUAAAGUAUAGCAUUCAGGGGUUAGAUUCCAACGAGAAGGUAAUAUUUUCUUGUCUUGAAAAGGAUGCAGCUGUAUUCGAAACGAACAUGAGUAGAGGGUAUUACGAAGCCUCAGAAAGGGAACCGUUGUGCCAGUCUCUGAUAAAUGACAUUCUGAUCAUAAAAUGUGUCAUGGAACCUGUGUUUGAGACUAACGAACAAGAAAUGUUCACUCCUAUUCCUUAUGAAAAUGGACUCUUCACUGAUAUCAUUUUGCGUGCUGGUGAUACUAUUUACAAACUACACAAAGCUAUUUUAUCAGCCAGGUGGCCCAAAUUGCUAGAAAAACUGGACGAUGAAAAGUCUAGCGAACUAGCUUUGGAUGUGAAAUCUGACGUUCUGGAGGUCAUGAUCGAAUACGUUUACACCGGGAAGCUGGACUGCAGUAAAACUGAGAUACUAGCGGACUUGUACGCAGCUGCAACGAAAUAUGAACUUCUUAACUUGCAGUCCACACCAAUAGUAGCACUGAAAGUGCGAACACAAUUUAACAUUAAGAAAGUAUCAUUUCAUUGGCCAAUACGGAAUUUCAGCACACUAACUAAAGAUACUGUGUUGUACAGUCAUGUAUUUUCUGUUUCUCUUCCAAAUCCUUGUAGAUGGUAUUUAAUCUUUCACCUUCGGGAAUAUGCGACUGCUAAUACGUCAUUCCAUAUCUCCAUUUGUAGAGUACGUAAUACAGAACCGAAGCCGGUUUUCGUGAAAAGUAAAAUAUCUUUCGAUGAGCGAAAUUCUUCCAAAAAUAAACACUUUUUUCUAAACAAUGAAAGUUGGAAAUGUACAGAAUUUUCUGGAAACAUUUCCAUAAAUUCUCAAGAUGUAUUGCUACUUAAGUGCGAGUUUAUAUUUUCUGAUUGCAAAUACUUCAGCGAAAUAACGGAAUCGUUUUGUUCUUUUACGACAUCUAUUAACUGCCAUGAUUUCAACAGUGAUCUUAGAAAUCUUUAUGAAACAGAGCAAUUUUCCGAUGCUAGAAUAACAGUCGGUUCCGAAGUAUUCUUCGUACAUAAGUGCGUUCUGUGUGCCCGAUCUUCCGUGUUUUCUAGAAUGCUCCAGACGAAAAUGACGGAGGCGAAGAACGAUACGAUUGAAAUUUCAGACGUGGACCCCAAUGUAAUGGAACAAAUGCUCUCAUUUAUGUAUUCUGGUUAUUUAGAAGACAUGGAAGAUUCUGUUGGGGAGCUUUAUGCACUAGCCGAUAGGUACGACGUUUCUAGCCUGAGGAAGAAGUGCUCGAACUUUUUUAAAUCGAAUUUUACUUUUGGGAAUGUGUGCAAUAUUCUCCAGUUAGCCGAUUUGCACUCCGAUACUGAUUUGUUCAACAGUGCACUGGCUUUUAUUUCUGAUCAUGCAACGGAUGUUUUCUCAACCCAUGACUGGAUUAAAAUCACGAAACGUAAUUUUAUGGCAAAACUUUUGCAAGACUUAGUACUGAAAAUAAAAUAAAAUUACGAACGUGACGAUAUUUGUAGGAAAAUUAUUAUUCGUGCAUGUCAGUUUUAAAAUUUUUGUUUACCGCACGCCCUUGUUUUUGCUUUGGUAAGUUAACUCAAAGUAAUAAAGCAGAUA